AUGAGGGAGGGAACGGAAACCACGUAUGAGCCACCUCCAACCACUUAUCCUGGUACCUACUACUGCGUUGGACCAACGUCCGCGACCACGCGAUAUGGGAUUAUCGGGGGCAUUCUUGCGAUCGAUGACAUCCACUACGGGCUGACUAGCAUCGUGCCAUUCUUGCAUCACCACCCUCCACAGGCGCCGGUCUUUCGCUGCAGCGCGAUCUAUAGCGUCGAGACCGGCCAGUACAUCGGCGGGCCUCCAUCGGACCGGGCCAACGAGGCGGAGCCCGAUUCCCGGUUCUGGAGCCGUGAGCAAGGCUGGGCCCUGGUGAAUCUGGGGCCCAAGCCGGAGCACUGGACCAACUACUGGUACCAUGCCAUGACCCCGGAUGCAGUGGUGACGCCGCGGUGGCCCGUUCCGGUCUGGAGAGCGUCUACCGCAUACUACCAAACCCGCCGGUUGAUUGGGUUGUUCUGGGAUUUCUGGUCUGAGCCAGUGACCUUUCGAGUGACCGAGUAUGGAGAACUUCGGACGCCCCUCAUAGGCCCGGUCCACACUUACCAGGUGAGAAUGUCCAUUCCGUAUUAUGAUUUGAUCGGUACGUGGGUGGUCGAUGCGGACUCGGAAGCUCUGGUAGCAAUGAUUGUAGCCGGCCCGGUUCCAUCGGAGGAUCCGCGACGGGUGUAUGCGGUGGAUGCGACGAUCAUCUUGGAUGAGCUUGCCAGUCGAUUUCCGGAGGCGAGGAUCACCAUUCCGAACCGCUACGAGUAG